AUGGAACAGAUCAACAUUCUCAACGCUUCCGACUCUGCCGUAGUCGCCAACGCCUGCCAGACCUACGGCAUCAGCACCAAAGAGUUCACCGAGCUUCGCUCGCUGUCUUCCGCGGCAAAGGGGAAGGCGUACUGCCCCUACAGCCAGUUCCGAGUCGGCGCGACGGUCCUCGUCGAUACCAGGGAGAAUGAAUCCGCAGAGGGGCCGUCGGCUUCGGGCGGUACCGUAUCCGAGUAUGUCAGCGGCGCCAACGUCGAGAACGCAUCGUACCCCGUCGGCACCUGCGCUGAGAGAGUGGCUUUUGGCACUGCUGUAGUGGCGGGCAUGAGGAAGUUUAGAGCGGUCGCCGUAGCCACAGAUGUCUCGCCGCCUUCGAGCCCCUGCGGCAUGUGCAGGCAGUUUAUGCGCGAGUUUUGCGAUCUCACCACGCCGAUUUUCAUGUUCGAUAAGGACGGAAACUUUGUUGUGAUGAGGAUGGGAGAGCGGAGCUUCUAG